AUGGUAAGACUGGCUCUAGUUAUUAGAUAUUCACCUAUCUAUUCACCUACAACAAAAACCACUACACCUCACUCAACAGUUUCUUCUUCUCAAACCCCUGCUCCAGCUGCCCCACCAUCUGCUGCACCAGCUGCUCCUGCACCAGUUGCUCCUGCACCAGCUGCUGUUGCACCGACUGCCGCUGCACCGGCUGCUAUACUACUACUACACCCGUCGAAACCACACCAUCUUAUUCCGCACCACCUGCUACUACUACUACACCCGUCGAAACCACAACAUCUUAUUCCGCACUACCUACACCAUCCGUUGAUCCCACCGAAUAUCUUAAUGCAGGAAGAACUUUGUUUAUUAUUUCAUCUAUUUUUACAGGAUUUUCCUUUAUUUGUUCUGUUAUUUGUAUUUUUAUUCUUCGCCGAACUAACACAACAAGACAAAGAAUUUGUAAAAGAAGGCAAAAAGGAACAAUGA